CCCUUUACCUGCCGGCACUUCCGGUUCCGGUUCCGGCUAGUUGUCUUGUGUCCCACGCGCGGCCAUGGCUGGAAGCCGGCUGGAAACCGUGGGGAGCAUUUUCUCGCGGGUUCGGGACCUGCUUCGGGCUGGGGUGUUGAAGAAGAAGCCCCUCUGGUAUGACGUAUAUGAGGCCUUCCCGCCGCUGAGGGAGCCAGUCUUCCAAAGGCCGCGCUUGCGAUAUGGCAAAGCCAAAGCGCCCAUCCAGGACAUCUUGUACCACGAAGAUCGGAUUAGAGCGAAAUUUUAUUCUGCUUAUGGAUCUGGUCAAAAAGCUUUUGAGCUGUUCAACCCAAACUUCAAAUCUGUCUGUCAACGGUUUGUGGAGAAGUACAUUGAGCUGCAGAAUCUUGGAGAAACAGAUGAAGAGAAGUUAUUCGUGGAAACGGGAAAAGCUUUAUUGGCAGAAGGUGUCAUUUUAAGACGAGUAGGAGAAGCAAGGCCUUCACAGGAAGGUAGUCACGUGCACGGCAGACCCCAAGCUGCGCUGGACGGAAACCAGCCCAAGGAAGAAGUCAGCCAGGACCAGCAUGUGAAGGCACCCGAGGAGCAGUCGCAAGGUCUCCCCGCUCCCUGAAGGACUUGUGUACCACGUGUACGGACAGCACGCUGCGCGCUGCAGGGAGCGAGCUGCUUUUAACAGUUGAACUAUGUAAAUGCUUCCGGAUCUCCAAGGCAUUGUGUUUGCCUUUUCUUAGUUCCCUCUUCUGGGUUGUCAUGCAGCUCAGUAUCAUAGCAGUUUUGUGAACUUUUAUUUUAGGACAUUACUAAAUAAAGGAUUCUGUACUGCUCAUAAAGUAAAUUUA